AUGGCCGACGCUACAGCCUCAACAUCAGCUUCUCCUGCCGCUGCUGUUGGAGGCGGCAGAAAACGCGCUCGAAAAGCCCGCAAGCGCAGCAAGAAGAACAAACCUGCCACCGGUAGCAACAAUCCUAACGAGUCUGGUUCUGAUUCUUCGUCGGAAGACGAAGCACCGUCGAAAGCUGCACCAACUCCGAAAGCUACACCCAGCAAAGCCUCAGCAAAUCCAGCACCAGCACCGAAGCCAUCUUCCUCAGCCGCACCUGCUUCUCAGGGCUUGUCGCAGGUGAACCUGCACAAACCAUCAUUCAUCACCCGCGCCCCGACCACCAGCGCACGCAAAUUCACCAUCUCAGUCGCUAUCCCCGGCUCGAUCGUCCUCAAUGCUCAGUCUCCUGAACUUCAGUCCAGGCUGGCAGCACACAUCGCUCGAGCAUGUGCGAUUUUUAACGUGGACGAAAUUGUAGUCUUCAACGAAGGAGAAUUGCGGAGUGAGACUUCGGAUCCUUAUCAGCAUCGGCAUAAUCAACAACAUAGGGGUACCAAACGCAGAUAUAAUGAGCCGCAGAAUGCAAAGACACAGCAAGGAGAAGGAGAGGUGCAAGAGGGUGGAGAGGGGGAGGAAGAGGGAAAAGGAGGAGGGUUUGAACCACACACGUUUUUAGCAAGAGUAUUGCAGUAUCUAGAAACACCGCAGUAUCUGAGGAAAGCUUUGUUCCCCAUGCAUAGGGAUUUGAGGUUGGCAGGGUUGAUGCCUCCAUUAGACUGUCCUCAUCAUUUGAGGUUUGAGGAUGAAUCAGAGUAUAGAGAAGGAGUCACUGUAGACACGCCUCAUUGGGCGAGGAACCGCGGUGCUGGAGGAGGGGGGAAUAGUGUAUACGUCAAUAUAGGUUUACGAGACCCCAUCGAAGCAUCCCUACCCACAACAGCAAAGUUAGAAUCGGGGGUAAGAGUAACAGUCCGUAUGCCAAUCAACACCUACGAGCCUGGCUCCAUCGUUUCGCCUCGCGAACCAGUGGAAAGGUUGGGUUGGUAUUGGGGCUACUCUGUCCGUCUUGCAUCCAGCCUAUCCUCCGUUCUAACCUCAUGCCCCUUCAGCUCUUCCUCAGGGUACGAUUUGGUCAUUGGCACAUCCGAACGCGGAGUCUCACUUGCCGACCUUGCGAUCGCCACUAGCGCACAAACUCCAGUUGCUUUGCCAUCAGGAGAAACAAUCCAACCUUUGCCGAGCAGCUUCAACCACGCACUGGUGGUGUUCGGUGGGUUGAGCGGGUUGGAAGUGGCGGUGGAGCAGGAUGAAGGGAUUAAGUUGGAUAGACAUACGGCGAAGGAUCUGUUCGAUGCUUGGGUGAAUGUGGUGGAGAAUCAGGGGAGUAGGACAGUUAGGACGGAAGAGGCGAUUAUGAUUGCUCUUGCGAGGUUGAAGCCGAUUUUGGAGGGGGUGGCGGAGAAUAAGAAGUGA